ACAAGACUUUAUUUGGAGGGAGAGAGUUGGGGAGGAGGAAGACAAAUUUCUGGCAACUGUAUUCAAGAAUAGGUUUUAAACGUGGGUUAUAUCUGAGGUUUCUUGGAGUCAUCAAUGAAAGGUCGCACUAAUUGACCUCGAAGGUCCCUUCCAAAAAACACAAGUUUGGGGUCGUCUUCAAUUAAGAAAGGACCAUAGCCUCUCUGAGGCCGUAUGAAAGAAAUUCGGGGCUAUAAACACGGGCAAUUCAUGUUCCCAAGUACCAAAACAACCCGAAAUACCCUCUAGCUCCCCUUCCCCCAAUGCCUCCAGCUCGGAGUUCUAUACAGAGAAGCUACAUUUUUUAAAAAUUUUCCUCUCUCUACCCCAGCCCCAUGCCAACCUGGUCCAGGAAUCCAGCCCAACUUUGGGACUUGGGCGGAGUAUGAUUGUAGAUGUUUUGAAUCACCUGCACUUCCUUAAAAGCCCAUUUUACAAACGGUAAUAUGAAGAGGUCUCACUUUCAUUACUCACGCGGUUAUGGAGAAAUUAAGGAAACCCUCUCAACCUAAUAGAAUGGAGUGUACAGUUGGUGACGUUUAGAUGGCCGAGCUGAGAUGCCAGAGACACAAAAUCCAAGCCUGAAAUUUAGAAUUGGAAGUGCCUCGAUGCGUCGCAAGUGCUUCAAAGAAGCACCUGCAGGGACCCCUUGGCUUUCGGAUCUCGGUUCCUCCGGGAGGCCUCCUGAUGGGGGCUCCUGCCACAGUUUGCCCCCCAGACCGCAUUAUUUUCCCCGAUCUGGUGUCGGCUCCUCCAGGCCGGCCAAAGCGGGGAGGAGUGGGCCGGGAGGGGAGGGGAGGAGAAAGUGGAGAAAGGCACUGCUAUCCUAGCCAGCCCCGGCAGCCUCUGGCUCCGGUUCAGAUGCGGCCUCUUUAAGGCACCGUGACCCGGCCACGCCGGGACCCCGGGGCGGGGAGUGCGGGCUGGGGACAGAGCAGCUGGAGGCGGCGGCGGCGGAGGAGGAGGCGGUGAACUUCUGCGCGACCUGAGCCCGGGCCCCCGCCGCAGCCCUCCCGCAGCAUGCUCUCCAUCCUUGUCCCCCCAGCCGCGGGCGGCUUCCCCUCGGUCCUGGCUCUGCGCCAGGACUCUUCGGGAUCCUCCGACUCUUACCACACCGCGCCAGGCUCGCCGGAGCCCCAGGGGCCGCGCCCCGUCCUGGACGGGGCGGACGAUGACGGGGGCAGUGGAAUUCCUGGGCGGGGGCAACCGGCAAAGUUUGCGGGCCAGAACUCCAGGGUCCCUGGUCGCGGGGCGGGCCCAACCGGGAGCGGGGGCUCGCAGCUUCGCCUGUCCAUCAGCGCCCAGAAUAGCCGCCAGGAGCCUGGAUCCGGUUUCCCCAAGAGGCCGGGACAGCGCCCGAGUCCUUUCCAGCUCCGCACCCUGCCGUCGGGGGAGAUGGAAGUGAUCUUCACAACCGGGCCCCUAGGCGAGACUCCCGUUCGGUCCCCCAGCGACUCAGAUGAGGCCGACAGCGAGGUGCAGCAGCUCACUGCGCUCAGCUUGCAGAAUUUUUCCCGCCCUCAAGGCCCCUACCUAGACGUGCAUAGUCCCAGCGCGCAGGCCUCUUCCAGCCCAUCCCCGGCUCUCUCGGACAGCAGCAACCAAGCAGACCGCUGGGCCACCUACCUGGACCUGCGUCAGGAGGCUGAAUCUUCUGCCUCGAAGCUGCCAGAACUCCCUGCCACGUCCGGGAGAACUCAGUUCGAGUGCGUGGAGGUGGCUCUUGAAGACCGCGCAUCCCUGAGUAAGCAGAGAACGGUCCCCAAGAGGCAGAUAGAGCUGAGGCUGAAGCCGAGCCCUCCGGAGCUGGAUUCAGCGGGGGCGAAUGGGCUCCCCAGGCGCAAGUUGUUCCUGCGAACGGGCUCGCUGGACGAGUCUCUGACUCGCUUGCAGGCCGCCUCCAACCUCGUGCAGACAGCACUGGCCAGAAAGCUGCAGCUCGAGCAGACACUGUGCCCGGAGCAGCCAAGCCCAGGGGGCGGGGCUCAGCCCAUUCAGACUCGGGCAGGUUCGCAGCUUCGUUCGGAGGGGGAUAUCCAGAAGCCGGCGGAUUGGCCCCUGGCUUGGCCUGAGGUCCAGGAGAGCGAAGCCCCAACUAGACUUACUGUACGAAGCCCUCGAAGAGAUUCAAAGGAACUCAAGUCCAGAGGGACCUCUCAGGCUGGGCUUCCUCCAAGAGAGCCGGCGAAGGAGGCACCCCUGCCCCCUGCCAAGCCUGCGGGGUUGAGGGCCCCAGACGGCGUAAUUUCUGUCAGAACUCCGAGGCCCUGGCCCAGUCUUCGAGAGCGAGCUAUUCGUCGGGACAAACCAGCCCCCGGGACAGAACCACUCGGUCCCGUGAGCUCCAGCAUCUUCUUGCUGUCGGGGGACAAGCCCCAGGAAGCUUCGGAGUCUCGGCCCCGCAAUGAAUGGAGCCAGCCGCCGAAACCUCUGGCUCAGAGGUGCACUCCAGAGGAUCGGGCGGCCCAGGAGACUCCCAGUCUGUCUCCUCAGGAAACCUGGGAUCCCACUCUUCAGGCGUCGCUGAUUCCGUCUAUGCAGGAGGCUCCCAAUGAGGCUACAUUUACGCAGUCGUCUCAGGAUCUAACUGUGCAGGAACCUCAGAUUUCACCUCCGCUGGAGAAUACAGUCCCGGAUACUUGGGAGCCCAGAGACGCCCCCGCUCCCUCAGGCAGAUCCCGAGUAACAAUUCCGCGGCCUCGGGACGUACGGAAGCUAGUGAAGAACACCUACUCGCUGAGCUUCCCAGCUGUCCCCACUUCCAGUCUGGGGCUGCCUGAGCCCCCUUGCGCGUCCGGGGGCCCCAGCGAGGACAGCGAGAUUCCGUCCGGAGCUCUAGAGCCUCCUACCACUGUUCACUAUACUUCUACUUUCCAGAAGGACUUCCUGCCCAUAGUGACCCAUCCCUACGAAGUCGCAGAGCCGCCGGUCACUGAGGGAGUGGGAGUAAGCGACUCUGCUCCCCACAGCCCCAGAGGGGCCCUGCAAGGCCACCAACCUCCCCAGCCUCAGACGCGGCCCAAGGGCUACCAAGAAGGAGAUCCGACCCCACGAAAGAAAGCAGAGAACAAUACAGCCAAGCCUUUUGCUCGCAGCGAGAUCCGCCUCCCGGGAGCCCUGUCUUUGUCCCGAAAGCCGGGGCUCAAGACCCAGCCUGAGACAGACACAGAGAUCCACCACGUUUCCCCAGGGUACAGUCCUCAGGUUCAGCGCCUUCUCCCUGAAGGAGAAGUCCAGGCCAAUUCCCCAGGGAUUAGCCUGGGGCCCGCCUCCAUCCCCAAGGAACCAAGAGAGAGGCCAGAGGGCCCCGCUCAAUGGUCAGGGGCUGGACAGACGUCUAACUCCUUGACAGAACCCCCACAUCCAAAUGUCAGGGGCUCCCUCCGCCUGGGGUCCCCACACUCUGAUCAGGCCAAUCCCCUGGUCCUCCAGGCCCGGAGUCCAGAGCCCAGAGCCAAACCGCAACCAGGCUCCACUGGGACCCAUCCCUCAGGGAACCAGCUUACAGCCAAACCUGCUUCCCUGUCCCAGCCCAGGGCAGCCUCAGCACCUCCUAUGGCCCAGGGCCUUGACAGCCCUUCCCGGGGUCAGGGUAAGGGUCUUAGGAGCGCUGGAGCCACCCCAUCAGGAAAGGUUCUGGUAGAUCCAGAGAGUGGGCGUUACUAUUAUGUAGAGACUCCCAAAUCUCCUAAAUUAAAGCUGCUCUUUGACCCAGAGAGUGGUCAGUACCUAGAAGUUCUUGUUCCCCCCUCCCCAGCAGGGCCACCCCUCCGGUUCUACCCUUCCUUGGCAGUAGGGCACAGCCUCUAUCCUUCUCCCUAUGGGUCCUACCCUGGGCUUUCACUACCCCCUUCCCCUGGACCCUUGCCUCUGGGUCCCCCUGACUUAUUAGCCCCAGGAACCAAACUCCCCUGGGUUCCUGAGAGUGCCUCUGUAGAUGGGCUCUAUUAUCUGCCCACAGGCAGUUCCCCUAGCCCAUUACCUGGUCUUCCGCUACUUCUUUACUCUGGGCCUCCCAAUUCUGGGCCUCCUACCAGUACUAAAGGCUCACCUUUUUGAGUGAGAAGACUUCCCUAAGCCCUACCCACACCCCAUUUUGUCUAAAGGUCUCACCUAAAGGGGCUCUUAUUCCAGCAGAGGCUCUGAAUCCAACUUAGCCCUAAAUACUUCUGGGUUCCUUUCCCCUGGCACACACCCACUCUGAUACCAGUCCUUCACCUCCACCCACCCUCCCGAUGACUUGCUCUUUGCCUUCUUUAAAUUCCAAUUCCCCACAUCCACGUCCACAUUCACUAUCAUUACUCCCCCAUCACACUCCUACCCUAGCUCCCAUAGGGAUUGUGCUGUGGCUUUGCCUCCAACCCCACUUCCCAGGGUACUGCCGAGGAUGGAAGGGAGAGCUCAGGGAGGAAUUGUCAUCUAUUUCUUCCCAAUCUAUUCAGUUCUUGCCUGUGUCUCUACCCAUGACCCUCAGGAAGUGGAAGCAAUGAUAGCAGUUAUAUGAUUGUGUGUCUCACAUAUGCCCUGUCACCAGUGAUGAGUCAAGGAAAUGGAUGGGGGAAGAUAUGAGCCAGCAAAAGUUGUGAAGGAGUCAAACUGUAAGAAUGAGUUUGGGAGGUAUAUUGACCCCUGAACUUGAAGAUACAAGUCCUUCAUUGGAGUCAGAGAGAAAGGGAAGUUGUGUAUAUGUGUGUGGGGGGGAGGAUGGGUGGGAAGUUGGGUCAAAAUUUGUGCCAAUUUUGAAGAGCUCUAGUAAAGAAAUGGGAGACAUUCAGCUCAUAAAAAGAUGGAUCAGGCAGGACCAGAAGAAGCACUGUGGGGUGCUGAUUAGUGCUAGAGUUCUCUGAAUCUUGUUUCAGGGAUGAAUGUUAAAAGGAAAAGCUGGGAUUUGGGUCUAAUUAAUAUAGCCCCUCCAAGGCAGGAGGCUGUUGGUAAAGAUUCAGCAAAUCAAUUGGUCAAUCAACAAGCAUUUAUUAAGCAGUUAUUAUGGCACUGGCACCAGAAUGAAAUAAUUCUUACAUAUUAAGAAACAUGUGAAAGCUAGAUGGUCCAGAGCACCAGCCCUUAAGUAGGAGGACCUGAGUUCAAAGCCAGCCUCAGACCCCAAUGAUCUCAGAAAAAACUACUCCUUUUCCAUUACUACUCUCCUCUACCCAUGAAAAAACAAGACCCGUGCUAGCUAGCUAGGAGAUUCUUUUCUCCUUUAGAAGUGGCUGAACUUCUUUUCUGGAGAUAGUUUUCAGUUAGGAAGGAACCUCAGUGAAGAUUUAGUCCAGCAUUCCCCUUUUUAUAUGAGGAAACUGAGUUCCUACAAGGAUAAAUGACUUACCUGAAAUCAUUAGUCCAGCAUUCCUCUUUUGAUAUGAGGAAAUUGAGUCCCUACAAGGAUAAAUGACUUACCCCAAAUCAUUAAGCAAGUUAGGUUUUGCAGAAUCAGGGCUGGAAUUCCAGAAACUUAGCCUUUCCAUCAGUGAGAGUUAUUAGAUGGAAGUGAAUGAGCUUCUUUUCGGGGAAGGUCUCCCAAGGCUGAGCCAGUUAAGUGUCUCAAGGGAAUAGGAUAAAUGAGUUUCCAGUGUUGGGGACUUUUAGAGAGCUGUUGUUUCUCCAGGUUAAGCUGGGAGCUGUGAUUAAAGUGGGUCAAGAGGCUGAUUUGCUGGGCAUUUUAAAAAGCAUCUCCCUUUCUGGAAUCCAGAUCUAUACCCAUCCAAAUAAGAAGAGGAAACUUGGGUGAGCUUAAGGAAUAUUAAAGAGGAAGGUAGAAGAGGGGCAUGGGCCAUAUUUGUGAACAAAGCUCCAUGUGAACAACUGGAUGGGGCAGGCUGUGGACAGGGAAGAAGGGAGUGUAGUGUGUGUGUGUGUGUGUGUGUGUGUGUGUGUGUGUGUGUAUGUAUUUUGGGGGUGUUUAUAACUGCUUGUAUGACUACUGCUUCUGCUGGUAAAAAGUGUCACUAGAGACAGGGGGUAUCUCCUCCCCUCAAACAACUGGCUGCUACCUUCUUUUGUUACAAAAUUAAGGGUGGAAGGAGGCCUGAUAUUCACCCCCAGACUCACAGGCCCCUACCCAGGAAAAGGAGCUCCUUGGGGAAAGUUGCUAGGAAAGUACAAUCAAAAUCAGGCUCCAGAGAUUCCUAGAAUUUGCAAUCUAUGUAUGUAAAAUAAAAUGUCCACCAAAGGAAUUGUGGUCAGUAACCAAAA